AUGGCCUCUCACAUAUGCUGGAACCGUGCCAACCUCAACUCCUCCCAUCCUAACUACGGCAUACUCGCUUUGAGGAAAAGACUGGCCUCGCCAUGUUCAUCGUCUUUUAAUUGGUCCAUAAUCAAAACUAGGGCGGCAAUUGGAAAGCUUGGGGCCUCCAAUGUGUCGAAUGGCUCUUCACCCCAGCCAGCAGUUGCUCGCAGCUUCUCUUCGCCCACAACGGCCCGAGCGAAGCGGCAAAAGCCUGAUCGGGACGUCAUUGUAUCUGUUCUAGAGUCAUCCGCCACACGGCGAGAUGCCAAAGGCUAUCUUCAAAAAUAUGCUCAACCAAAUCCCACCCCCCCAGCUGGAGCAUCGAAACAAGUUGAACAUCAGCACAAGUCCCCCACGACGCAGCUUCAAGCUCAACUUCCCUUCGAUGUAGCCAUUGUGAUCCUGCGGAACCCCCAAAAGCUGCGGCCAGACACGAUGAACGGAAUAGCUAAGACCCUAAAUCAGCUUCGGGUUCUUGGACUCAUGAGCGUCGUUGUUGUGGAUUGCGACGUGGGAGAGAGCCGUUCCACGUUUCAGCACGAGGCUUGGAGGCUCUGUGACGCUAUCGACUCGUUUGGCAAACCAGGAGCUAGGCUGGUUGAAAAUGUGCUUGCCAGCACUUCUCACUACCAAGGGACCUCGCCUUCUCCUUUUUGGCAUGACAUAUCUGUUCAAGACUAUGGCAUCCUCAAUCGGGCACUUCAACACAACAUGAUCACAGUCAUUCCAUCUCUUGCGCGGGACGAUGAAACUACUACACCCGUGCCUGUUGAUGCUCAAAGAACUUCUCUUGCACUAACGAGAUAUUUUACUGGAAUCCAGUUUGAGCAAGAUCCUGGUCGAGGUCAGAAUGGUAGCUUUGGACAAGGCGCCGGACCCCUUGCUUCUGUCGAAAGAGUCAUUAUCCUUGAUCCAUUCGGCGGUACCCCCGUACCCGGUCGUCCCGGGGCCCGCCAGCGAUUUGUUAACCUUGAGCAAGAAUACGACACGCUCUUGGGUCAUCUAAAGGGCUAUGAGAGCUCAUCGAAAACAGAAAACAGUCGAUCUGAUGAGGCGAAUAGAGCCCAUGCCAAAAACAUCAAGUUGGCUAGGGAUACUCUAUCUCUCCUACCAGAAACAGCCUCUGUGCUCAUAACUACACCAUUCGCCGCGGCCAACAGAUCGUUCACUUCCUCAAACUCGGGGCUCUCUCCCGUUCGAAACGGCGAGCAUCAAUUUGGAUUUGAUGGCAUGGUUACGACUCGCAGAAAACAGAAUCCUCUGCUUCACAAUCUACUGACCGAUAAGCCGGUAUUCUCUCCGUCGUUGCCGCUCCAGCGCAUUCAUUCUCCGGAUUCAGCAUACCCGGAUACUGAAGAGUCAAUUGAUGCAACUCUUGUCAAGCGAGGAAUGCCAUUGGCUAUCUUCCCCGAUCCAAGAACAGCGCCAUGGAAACCUCCAGCGCCUGGAGAGCGUCGUCUGCAGCUGACGGACGAAUCGAUCGAUUUGAAGCGACUUGUCACCCUCAUGGAGGAUUCCUUCGGCCGCAAGCUAGACGUGGAUGACUACUUGCGGCGGACGAAUGAAAACCUGGCCGGUGUCAUUAUUGCAGGAGAGUACGAAGGAUGUGCCAUUUUAACCUGGGAGAGGCCCAAGGCCAUCGACCCUCGGACGGCCUAUGAGCAGGGGCGUUUUGUGCCAUACCUUGAUAAAUUCGCCGUUCUCAAGAGCCGUCAAGGCAGCGGGGGUGUUGCCGACAUCAUAUUCAACGCCAUGGUCCGAGACUGUUUUCCUGAUGGGGUGCUUUGGAGGAGCAGGAAAGAUAACCCCGUCAAUAAGUGGUAUUUUGAGCGGUCGGUAGGCACCAGUAAGCUGGCCGGUUGCAAUUGGGCAAUGUUUUGGACGACGCUGGAGCUGAGCGCCAAGGGACAGAACCUGAAGGACUAUGAGGCAGUGUGUAGGGAAAUUAUGCCAUCCUGGGCAGAUGAUGUUCGCAAGACAAAAUAA